AAGCAAGCAGGAGGAAUUACUCCAGGAGAAACUACUUACUUCUAAAGAUGGAGUUUAAAGAAGAACCCUGCAGAAUAAAAGAUGAAGAUACAGAGGAACAAAUAGACCCAAUGGAAGUGAAUGAAGACAAACACAAUCAUUUCACGAAUGAAGAUCGAAAACUACUGACAUAUAAAAAUGAAGACAAACAACAUCUGUUUCAAAAAUCUCAUAAUUUCAAAAAUGAAGAUGGAAAUGCAGUUGUUUCAAAGACUGAAGAGAAUUUCACACAAAAACAAGCUGGAAAAUCUGGAGUCAAAAGAUCUUUCACUUGCUCUGAGUGUGGGAAGAGUUUCAUACGUAGAGGACACUUAAAUGUGCACAUGAGAAUUCACACUGGAGAAAAACCGUUCACAUGCACUCAGUGUGGAAAGAGUUUCAUUCAGAAAGAAAACCUUAUUGUUCACAUGAGAAUUCACACUGGAGAAAAACCGUUCACAUGCACUCAGUGUGGAAAGAGUUUCACUCAGAAAAGCUUUCUCAAUGAUCACCUGCGCUCUCACUCUGGAGUGAGAUCAUUCAGCUGUGAUCAGUGUGAUAAAACAUUUGUUUUGGCAUCAGGCUUAAGAAAACACCUUAAAAUUCAUUCUGGUGUGAAGCCUCACAUUUGUUCUUUUUGUGGAAUGAGUUUUACACUACUGGAACAUUUAAAAGUGCACCAGCGUAUUCAUACUGGUGUGAGACCUCAUUUGUGCUCUGACUGUGGGAAGAGCUUCAUUACAUCCAGCUACUUAAAAAGACAUCAGAGAGUUCAUACUGGAGAGAAACCGUACAAGUGCUCACACUGUGGAAGGAGUUUCUCUCGGUCAGAAGACAUGAAAGCUCAUGAGAGAGUUCAUACUGGAGAGAAGCCGUAUCAGUGUUUUUCAUGUGGGAAGAGUUUCAUCCAAAUAUCUCAUCUACGGACUCAUAAGAAAAAGAAUUGCCUGAAUGUGUCUAAUUGAGCAAACUUUCAUGUUCAGAUCCAUCACUUACAUUUAAAUAGUUUGAUAUUCUCAGGGUUCCUACACAUGUAAAGUAUUUCAGUAAAUGUAAUUAGUUACUGUACUUAAGUACAGUAACUAAUUACUUUGUAGUUGUACCGAUUAUCAAAGAUAGUAGCAACUUUUACUCUCUACUUGAAGUAAAUGUACUUUUUACUCCAAUACAUUUGUGAUGAGUAAUGCAAAUACACAUUAUAUUUUGCAUGGUACUUAAGUUUUUCUGCAGCAGAUUGUUUCUGCUAUAAAGAAGCGAUAUUGCCAUCUAAAGUCAUUGAAGGUACCAUAACUUGUGCGUUUUGCCUUUAUUCACACAAACUUGCCAUCUCAAUCUGCCUUCUAAAAAUUAGCAUCCUUAAAAAAGCUUUGAACAUCACAGAACCUCAGUGGAGAAAGGCAUAUUCAUCAUAACAUCAUAAUAAACACCAUACAUAUAAUUUCUUACACUGUAUUGCUAAAAGUACAUGAUUUUUCAUAUCAACAGAAAAAUGUACCAAUAUGGCUUCUCUUGAGACUCUCCUGCUUUGUUAGCAUUAAUGAUAAGCUAAAGCCGCAUCCACAAUUCAACGUGAUUGGUUACAAGGUAGUUUGUGAUGUCAGAAACACCAGCGAUUUAAAAUCAUGUUUUUAAGACUGUCUUUGGUUCACUGAACUUUUAAGAAGAAAAUACUCAGCAAUGGUCUUGUGAAUUUGCUCAUGUCUGAAAGCAUAUUAAAACACCACAUAGACAUAUAAACAACAUUAAAAACUUAAUUUUCAUUACAGGGGGUCAUUAAAAACUCACAUUUUUUAAAUAAUACUUGUACAGUCUAAAUUAAAAAAUAAAGUCAAGAUUUAUAUUAAAAUCAACAACAUCAGUAACAGUUUCAGGUUGGUUGGUUGAUGGUCCGGGUGGUUUACAAUUGCAAACAGAUAUUUUGCUUAGCAGAUAUUUGAAGUUUUAAUCUUUAUCCUAAAUCAAACCUACUUGGUGAGAUAAAUAGUGUUUGUAAAAUCUUAGCGUAGAUAACAGACAACAUUCUUGUAUCUCUAUGCCGAUUAGUUUAACGGAGAUUGGUUUCUGCCAGUAGAGGGCGCUCGUGUAACCGAAACAAUGACACACAUCCGAGUCUAGGAGAAGAAGAGAAGUGCGCGAGGGAAGGGAACAUAAACAUGAGAAGUGGAACACAGCCGUUCAUUCUGCGCUGAAUCUGCUGUUUUUCAGACUGAGAAGAAACAAACAGGAGGAAUUACUCCAGGAGAAACUCCUGACAUACUAUUGUAAAGAUGGAGUUUAAGGAAGAACCCUGCAGAAUAAAAGAUGAAGAUACAGAGGAACAAAUAGACCUGAUGGAAGUGAAUGAAGACAAACCUCAUCAUUUCACAAAUGAAGAUGGGAAACAACAUCUUUUUCAAAAACCUCAUUUAAAAAAUGAAGAUGGAAAUGCAGUUGUUUUAAAGACUGAAGAGAAUUUCACACAAAAACAAGCUGGAAAAUCUAGAGUCAAAAGAUCUUUCACCUGCUCUGAGUGUGGAAAAAGUUACACACAGAUAUCAAACCUUAAGAGACACAUGAGAAUUCACACUGGAGAAAAACCGUUCACAUGCACUCAGUGUGGAAAAGGUUUCACUCAGAAAAACGUUCUCAAAGAGCAUAUGCGCUCUCACUCUGGAGUGAGAUCAUUCAGCUGUGAUCAUUGUGCUAAAUCAUUUGUUUUUAAACAAAAUUUAAGAAGACACCUUAAAGUUCAUGCUGGUGUGAAGCCUCACUUUUGUUCUAAUUGUGGAAAGAGGUUUUCAAGACCACAACAUUUACAAGUUCACCAAACUAUUCAUACUGGUGUGAGACCUUAUGUGUGCUUUGACUGUGGGAAGAGCUUCACUACAUUAGACACAUUAAAAAUACACCAGAGAAUUCAUACUGGAGAGAAACCGUACAAGUGCUCACACUGUAAAAAGGUUUUCGCUCAUUUAGGGACCCUGAAACAUCACCAGAGAAGUCAUACUGGAGAGAAACCGUACAAGUGCUCACACUGUGGAAGGAGUUUCUCUCGGUCAGAAAAAAUGAAAGCUCAUGAGAGAGUUCAUACUGGAGAGAAGCCGUACCAGUGCUCUUCGUGUGGGAAGAGUUUCAUCCAAAUAUCUCAUUUACGGACUCAUAAGAAAAAGAAUUGCCCGAAGGUGUCUAAUUGAGCAAACUUUCAUGAUCAGAUCCAUCACUUACGUGAAAAUAAUUUGAUAUUCUACAUUCCUACGCUGUAUAUAGACAAGUGUGGAAAUUGGUUGUAUCCUGUGAAUAUGUAUGGAAAAAUAUUUGUUUUCUACACUGUUGCCCCAUUCUGUUUUCUAAAACAUGAAAUUGAAAAUUUUGAAAAAUAAAUUUGUCAUACAA